AUGGGAAGUUGCGCCAGCUCGCUCGUAUACUACAAAGAAGCGGAGGCCAUCCACCACAUCAAAUUCAGAUCUGAACCGGAACGCGCAAAAUACCUAAAGGACUCCAGAGCUAGUAACCAGUCGUCGAUAGGCCUUUUGGAUGCCGGAAAUGCGUUAGAAGGCAGGUUUCGAAACGACGAUGCUCGGGCUUCUGUUGCUCGGGAAAUCUUUGGUUACAUAGUAAACGGCACCAACCAUGCACUCCAGAGCGUCCCGAAUUAUAGCCUGCGAAAGGAUUACGUGGAGAAAAUCACAGAGCAUGUGGAAAUGCUUGGCAAUGCACUGGAAGUGGCGGAUGGUGUUGUCUAUGUGGCCAAGGAAGCGACCGAAUACAGGAGAGCUAUGUACGAGUACACCAGGAGGCAUCAAACUAGUGGUGGUUCAGUAUCACGCCAGUUCUCAAGAUGGCUCGAGGAGAGCGGCAUUAAGUUUGAGGGCCUUGUGCAAAGGUAUCAGGCCCAACUUAAAUUCCAAGGACGUUUCAAGGACCUGAAAGAUGUACAAAAGAUACAGGCGUAUGAGGAAAUCAUAGUGGCAUCUGGCGGGAGGGGAAGUGUUAGAAUUAACCGGUUAUUAAAGGGCUUUAGGGCUGCCGGCAUAGCGGUGAACCUUUUCGUUGCAGGCCUGACUGUAUGGGAAAUAUUUACAGCGGAUAUCCCACUUGAAAAGGCAACACAUGAAGCUGUAGUGAUUGCAGCAUCAGCCGGUGGUUUGUUGCUGGGAGAAGUAGUUGGGGUUGCCCUGGCAACUUGUGUCUGCCCAAAUCCUGUCUCCGUUGUGAUGGUAGGAAUAAUAUUUGGCAUUGCAGGAGCUUUUCUCCUAGGGGAAUUCGCCGGCUGGUUGGUUAAUUUAAUUUUUGAGGCUGGAGGUAGUUUCAACACCCUGAGCACUGACGGGCAUCAAUGCUACAUCGCACCGAUGCCUAAUGGCGUGAUUUUGGCGCUCCAAAUUGUGCAUCAGAGUCAACUUAAAAAUUAA